AUGAGAAAGUAAACAAAAGUUGUUGUCUAGUAAUUUUUCCCCUCCAGUUGAAAAUUUCUCGCAACAGGACGGCACGUGCGAAAGGAACAUGGGAGAUUCAGAUUCUUGUUUUAGGGAAGGCACAGUCCUUGGCCUUGGUAAUCCAUUGCUUGAUAUCUCGGCAAAUACUGGUAAUGACUUUCUUGAAAAAUAUGGUUUGAAACACAACGAUGCAAUCCUUGCCGAAGAGCGACAUCUACCGAUCUAUUCCGAGAUGGUAGAAAAAUACAAUGCGGAAUAUAUUGCUGGGGGCUCCUGUCAAAACACCAUGAGGGUUGCUCAGUGGGUAGCUAAGAAGCCUAAUGUAUUUGCAUUUAUGGGUUGUAUUGGUAAAGAUGAAUUUGGAAAGAUUUUAGAGACCAAAGCUAAGGAGGCAGGGGUGCUUGUUAAUUAUCAACUCCAUGAUACUGCUCCAACUGGUACUUGUGCUGUUGUUAUAACUGAUAAUGGUGCUAACAGGUCUCUGUGUGCCAAUUUAUCUGCUGCCAACCAUUUUAGCAGAGAACAUCUUGAUACUCCAACAAGUCAGUCGAUCAUAAACAAUGCCAAAUAUUUUUACAUAACUGCAUAUUUCUUAACUGUGAGUCCACCUUCAAUAAUGUAUAUAGCUAAACAUGCCCAUGAAAAUAAAAAAACACUUUUAAUGAAUUUGAGUGCUCCAUUUCUCUGUACGCUCUUCAAGGAACCAUUGAUGGAAGUAUUUCCUUACAUUGAUGUACUUUUUGGUAAUGAGACAGAAAUUACCACUUUAGCUGCUGAACUAGGUUUUAAGUCUGAUGAUAUGGAGAAAAUAAUAUUGCAUAUAGCAAAUUUACCGAAAAAAAAUGAAGAAAGGAAAAGAAGAGUCAUCGUUACACAAGGAAAUGAUGAUGUUCUUUAUGCUGCGGACACUAUGAUAAUUAAGUAUCCUGUAGAUAUAGUCAAACCGGAAGAAAUAGUGGACACAAAUGGAGCUGGAGAUGCUUUUGUUGGAGGUUUCCUUGCUCAGUAUAUACAAAAGAAAUCAGCACAUUCAUGUGUAUUAUGUGGUAUAUAUGCAGCAACGCAAGUUAUUAAACAAUCUGGUUGUAUUGUUCCUGAAAAAAUGGAAUUUAUAGAUGUUUGAUACUGUCAUUGUUGGCAAAACCAAUGAGAUUAAAAUGCAGCAAUGUACUUAAUUAUAUUUGUAUAUUUUAGUACAGUUAGCAGCACUUCUUGAAUUUUGUUCUGAUAUAAACAAUAAAAUAU